AGCAAAAAACCACGGGUCGAAAAUACUGGCGUUCGUGGGCCGGCCUCGGCGAGAGGGUGAAGGCGGGAGGACCCUUCGUUCCCCAUCCCUUCCCCUCCCCCGCGCUCCCCUUCCCAGGAAAAAACCUCAACAGCGAUGCAUCCCAUGCUAAACAAUCCGCUCAGCGGCGGCUGCGCGUUUCCGCCGGUUGCAGCCGCGCUGCGGUUAUCGUCAGCCUCUCUUCCAGUUCUCGGUAGAAGCGCGGGCAGGGGCAGGAGGCGGUGGGCCGGUUUUGCGCGCGCCAGCUCGGACGGCUCUGAUGGCGCUGUCGCUGGCGCGGUAACGGAAGGGGAGGGCGGUGUCGGCGCCGGCGCCGGCCAGAGCGGAGCCUCGGCCGAGUCAGCGCCGAAGACGCAGCCGGCCCCCGUUGAUCCCAGCAUCGAGAAGGAGCUCAAGAAGGCAGUUCAGAAGACCGCGGCCACGUUUGCGCCGAGGGCGUCCACCGCAACGAAGAACCCCGCCGUGCCCGGUUCCACUCUGUACACCGUGUUUGAGGUCCAGGCGUACGCCUCCAUGCUUGUGGGCGGCGCCCUUUCCUUCAACCUCGUCUUCCCCUCCAACGAGCCGGACAUUUGGAGGCUCAUGGGGAUGUGGUCCAUCUGGAUGUUCACUAUACCUUCUCUUCGGGCUCGUGACUGCUCAAACAAGGAGAAAGAGGCUCUCAACUAUUUGUUUAUCCUGGUUCCUCUGAUCAAUGUUAUCAUCCCGUUCUUCGUGAAAUCAUUCGCGGUUGUCUGGUCUGCAGAUACAGUUGCUUUCUUCGUGAUGUAUGCAUGGAAGCUUGGAUGGCUGCAAAAGUCCGAUUGAAGAGUUUCCUGAUGAGAGGAACAUCUGAACUGCAAAUUUUGCUGUUUCUUUUUGGAGGGCACAGAUUGAUGAGGUUAUUUCUAUGUAUAGUCUGCAAGUUUCGUCCGUAUCCAUGUAGUACGGAGAAAAAGGAUUUUGCCAUCAAUUUGCUAAAUAGGUGUACCUGAAGACUGAGUUGUCGACCGGUAUGUUAAGUAGGAAAUAGGCAGCUCUGUUAGAUAAUAUGUGUCCGUAUUCUAAAAGAUGUGCCUACUGUAAUCAAAUGUAGCAGAUGCAUCAACAUUUUCUAGGUCUGCAGCUGCAUCAACUUCAAAACACAUGUAUGGUUCAAAGUGAACUUCGAGACUUGAUGUGCAUAUCUGCAUGAAAGAAAGAUUGAAACUGCAGAUUCUCGUGUG